AUGGCUAUCAAGUGUAUAAUAGCUGUACUUUCUCUAUUCAUCUGCUCACAUUUUUCUUAUCGAAUCAACAAAAAUGUUGAUUACCAGUUGGCAGAAAGUGAUUCAGUCUUAGAUCCAAGUGGCGAGAUAUUACUCAAAUGGCGAGUGGACUACAAUAAACGAAAGAUACAAUUUCAAAUAAUAGUAUCCGACAAGGGCCCAUCAUACAACUGGUUUGCAUUGGGUUUUUCUGAUAGAGGUGCAUUCAAUAACUCAGAUGUCUGCUUAUUCUGGACAGAUUAUAAAAGGAAUCGACACUUUGAGGAUAUGCACGGAGAUGACAUUGGAAAACUAACUAGAGAUCCUAAGCAAGAUUGCGAAGCGUUUUACUUGGAUCCUGAGACUCAAAGUUUAGUCUUUGAACGAUACUUCGAUACUUGCGACAGUGACGACUAUAUUAUCGAGGAUGGCACAGUCCACGUGAUCUGGGCACACGGUGACGAUAAGUUGUUCUCAUCAAAAGGGUUGUGUCCGUCUUGCACACCACCACGAGACCAUGGUUUUAUAAGAGUUCGGUUAUUCACACCCCUAGGUAGCCCCAAAGUCGAUAAUGCUUAUAAGCUGAAAGUAACGAACAAUAAUCUUAAGGUACCUAAGGAUGACACAACUUAUUGGUGCAAAGUUGUUAAACUACCUGAUUUUGUUACGAAGAAAACUCACCACAUUAUACAGUUUGAAUCAACUAUUACCCGAGGUAAUGAAGGUUUGGUACAUCAUAUGGAAGUCUUCUAUUGUGACUCGGAUCCUCACAAAGAUAUUCCUUUGUACGAAGGCAACUGUUUCGCCCCAGACAGACCUGAAAUCACUAAGAGCUGUUCAAAGGUAAAAGCAGCAUGGGCGAUGGGUGCACCUCCGUUUAUAUAUCCGAAAGAGGCUGGAUUACCCCUAGGAGGACCUAAUACCAAUAAAUAUGUGAUGCUUGAAGUACACUACAAUAAUCCUGAAGUAAAGAGCGACUGGGUAGACAGUUCUGGUAUAAUUCUGUAUUUGACCGGCCAUCGGCGCAAGUAUGACGCUGCCAUCAUGGAGCUAGGACUGGAGUACACUGACAAAAUGGCCAUACCAGGCAGACAGAAGGCUUUUCCUCUAACGGGCUAUUGUAUCCCACAGUGUACGGGAGUGGGUUUACCAACCGACGGUAUCGUGGUAUUCGGCAGUCAACUACACACUCAUUUGACUGGUAUAGCAGUGUGGACGAGGCACUCGAGACAGGGCGUGGAGCUGCCCUAUCUCAACAAAGACAUGCAUUAUUCGACCCAUUUCCAAGAAAUAAGAAUAUUACAUAAACCCGUGAAAGUUUUACCCGGAGACUACCUGGAGACUACUUGCGUGUACAAUACUGAAGAUAAGGAUAAUGCAACGGUAGGCGGACACGCCAUCACGGACGAGAUGUGUGUCAACUACAUGCAUUAUUAUCCCGCUACUAAUCUGGAGGUUUGCAAGAGCGCUGUGUCUAACGCCGCACUUGAAAAUUACUUCAAGUUUGAACAACGAUGGGAUAACAUGUCUAUUGAGUACCAGGCAUCUCCUCGUAACAACUACUUGGCAAUUAAACCUUGGACUUACCUCAGGGCCAACACGCUGUACGAACUUUAUACCGAGUCCCCAAUAUCUAUGCAGUGCAAUAAAUCUGAUGGAAGUCGAUUUCAGGGUGAUUGGGAAGGCAUUCAAAUACCGAUAAUAAAGUUACCGUUGCCUGUUGAACAGAGAUUUUGUCCGGAUAUACAAACGGUUUAUGACAGUCCUUAG